AUGUCUCGUCUUUUCUCUGCAUUGCGUCGAACCCAACAAAUCUCGCAGUUGAUCACCCAACCCAGAAUCCUCACAUCCUACAGAAGCUCCGUCAGCCCCGCACAGCUCCGCCCCUCUUCAACGCGCAGUAUGGCGACUGGUAAUACCGAUAAGAUCACCGACUGGGUCAGUCGCAACGACAAAUCGGGCGAGUUCAAACGCCAGGCUUCAGCCUUCCGCAAUUGGAUCUCUAGAGAGCCAGGUGCGGAAUUCCCCCCGGAAAAAGACCGUUAUCAUCUCUAUGUCUCCUAUGCUUGUCCAUGGGCGCAUCGCACAUUGAUCACCCGGAAGCUCAAGGGUCUGGAAGAUUUUAUCUCCUUCACAUCCGUGCACUGGCAUCUGGGCGAGAAAGGUUGGCGCUUCGCGACCGCAGACGAGAAACUUCCCGGAGAAAACACCACCCCAGACCCAUUACACUCUGAUGUCACCCACCUCCGGGACAUUUACUUCGCCAACGACCCAGAUUACACAGGCCGAUUCACCGUCCCAGUUCUAUACGACAAGAAGACACAACGUAUCAGCGCCGAGAUAAUCCGCAUGCUCUAUUACGAAUUCGACGACCUCCUCCCCUCGAACUCUUCCCAAAAGCUUCUCGACCUCUACCCAACCAACCUCCGCAGCCAGAUCGACACCUCGAACGAGUGGAUCUACAACGAUGUCAACAACGGCGUCUACAAGUCCGGCUUCGCAACCACCCAAGAAGCCUACGAAAAGAACGUGACGACGCUCUUCUCCUCCCUCGACAAGAUCGAAGAACAUCUCCAGAACAAUGCCUCGCCGUACUUCUUCGGUUCGGCACCCACUGAAGCAGAUGUCAGGCUUUUUACGACGAUCGUCCGGUUUGACCCUGUGUAUGUGCAGCACUUCAAGUGCAAUAUCCGUGAUAUCAGGUCUGGGUAUCCUGCUAUUCAUCGCUGGUUGAGGAAUUUGUAUUGGGAUAUUCCCGCGUUCCAGGAAACGACGGAGUUUGAGCACAUCAAGUUUCAUUAUACGAAGAGUCAUACGCAGAUUAAUCAAUUUGCAAUUACACCUGUUGGGCCGGUACCGGAUAUCUUACCGAAGGAUGAGGAGGUUAGGGCUGUUGCUGCCGUGAAGCGCUAA